GAAAACGUACUCCUCUCUCAACAUUCAAGAGAUCUACAUUGCAACUUUUACAAAUUGAGGAUGGAACUGAAAAGCAGAAAUCUUGAAAUGGGUUUUUCUCUAACUUAGCAGCAGAAGCAAACGAUACCGAUACAAAGUUCUGAAUAUUCUCGGCGACACAGUCUGUUGUUUUCCAUUUAAACGCAGAGACAAAAACUACCCACUAAAGUUUGAAAAUUUAUUUCCUCAAUUUCGUGUUUCUGUCGACUGUAGAAGAAAUUUUCUUUCAUAUUUGUGCGUAUCGGAGAUGGGUUUUUGAGGUUAUAUCCAAGAGAAAGAAAAAUCCCUAAUAAAGUUUAAAUCUUGUGUAUUUUUUGUUGAUGAGCUCUGAGUGAUCUUAUCGCACUACUGAAAUGGCGGAUCCUUAUGGAAGCAGUGAAUCUGAAGACAUGUCUUCGUUUCUUCAAGUUCUUCUCCACAACUCGUCAUCGUCAGCUACCACUACUGAUAGUGCCGCUUCUGCGGCCGCCAGCGGCUGUGGGCCGCCGGCCUCGAUGGCGGAAUGUUCCUCUAGCGUCAAUUUUUCUGAUCCAAGAAGCUUCUUCGCCAAAGAGAAUGAUAGAAUCAACCCCUCUACCAGAGUCAGAAACUUGGUUUCCAGCUGUGAGGAAGAAGCUUCGGAGAAUCCAGCUAAUCUGGCUCCACCACGUUCUUCAAAGCGAACUAGAGCAGCAGAAGUUCAUAAUUUAUCAGAAAAGAGGAGGAGAAGUAGGAUCAAUGAGAAACUGAAAGCACUUCAGAGUUUGAUUCCAAAUUCUAACAAAACGGACAAGGCAUCAAUGCUGGAUGAGGCCAUUGAAUAUCUGAAACAGCUUCAGCUGCAAGUUCAGAUGCUUACAAUGAGAAAUGGAUUAAGUUUACAUCCAGGCUACACGCUGGGAUCAUUGCCGUCAGUGUUAGUUCCCCCAGCCGGACUGGAGUUAGAUGAGGGGAUAGUGUUUCCAAACGCAAAUAGAGGAACAGAUACACUCACUAGGGACGAAAAUGUGUUUAUGCAAACUUCAAUGGAGAAUAUCAACCACAGUUCUUCAAGCCAGCCGAUGCUCGUAAGCCCUAUGGCGAACAGUACUAAUCCAGGAAUUCUACCUAGUGUUGUCCCAUCAAUGCAACAUCAUUACGGACAGCUUAAUGAUUUGGCCUCCUCAAAGGAUUUUUGUCCGGACGAUACACUUUCACGGUUGCAGUUAGAUAUAAGUUUCUCCGGGAAUAAGUCAUCACCAGGCGUUUCUUCGUAGUAGAGGCAAGCAAACAAGUCAGAAGAAGGCGAGGUAUAUUGACUGCAGUUCGAUAUUUGAAUUUCAAAGGUGUAGAGGUAUCAGAAACUAAGAAUUAACCUCAAAGGGCUGAGGCAUACUGACCUUAAACAUAUGAGCAUUGUUGUUCUUGUAACUAUUAGACCGUUUUCAGCUUAUACAUGAAGGAAUUUUACUGUAAUCGGAUUUUCACUUAUCAAGAUUUUAACAUGACGGUUAAGGUCACUCCA